AUGGCAGCCAGCACUAACCCAACCCUCCUCCCACAGAUGGCCUCCAAGCACGCCUCCAACCGCUUCAGCACCUACAGCAUGGCCCCCACCGUGAACACCGUCAAGACAUCGCUGUCCUCGGCGUCAGCACAACAAGAAAUAAAGGACAUCGAGGAGGGCUUCGAGAAGCUCGAGAACAAGAAGCUGCAGAGCCAGCGCUUCGUCCCCACCACGGAGAAGACCGAUAACCUGAGCAAGUUGGCCUUGGGAGCGAAGCUUGAGCGGGCUUUGGAUAGGCGGAUGGGCAGCCAGGAUGCAGUCAUGAGGGUUAGGAACAAGGAGAAGGGAGAGGUCUUGAAUGAGAAGGCUGCCAUAUCUACCUAA